AAACUUCAAUAAGUCCUAAAAGUUCAGCAACAUUAGACAAUAUUUUUCAUAAAAUCAUCAGAAAAUAUGCCUAUCUAUUCUUCUGAUUCUGAUGACCUACGCCCUUCAUCUUCAGCACCUCCCAGAAGAUUUUUUACUCAUGAAAAACCCAUGCAUGCAAUUCUUGGAGGAGGAAAAGUUGCGGACAUAUUAUUAUGGAGGGACAGGACGUUAACAGCUUCAAUAUUAAUGGGAUUCACAGUAAUUUGGUCCCUUUUUGAAGUUAUGGACUACAAUUUUGUGACUCUAUUGUGUCACAUCUCCAUGAUCUUGAUGUUAAUUCUCUUCAUUUGGUCUAUGGGAGCUGGAUUUGUUGAUUGGAGUCCUCCCGAUUUUCGGGCAAUUAUGAUAUCAGAUUCAACAUUCAGAUGGUUAUGUGGGAAAUUCAAUUCUAUUAUAGGGAAAUUCUAUGACAUUUCAUCUGGGAAAGAUUUAAGAACAUUUUUCCUGGCAAUCACUUUCCUAUGGAUAUUAUCAGUUAUUGGAAAUUACUUCAGCUCUCUGAAUCUAUUGUACUUAGGGUUUAUGUGCCUGGCAACAUUACCAGCUUUGUAUGAAAGGUAUCAAAAUGAGGUGGAUUAUCUAGUAAGCCAAGGUAACCAAGAUAUGAAGAAACUAUACAAGAAAUUUGAUACAGAAGUUCUAAACAAGAUUCCAAGAGGACCUGUCAAGCAAAGGAAAAAGUAUUAAGUCAUCUCUCAAAGUUGAAAAAAUAAAAAAUAAAAAGAAGUUCAAGAAAAUCAGCUGUGGAUAUGUUUGAAUUGUAAACAAUUUAAUUGUAAAUAUAAAUGCUGUAAAAGAUGAAGAAAUUAUGUUGUUACUGCUGUAAUUACUUGUAAUUUCAUACAACUUCGAGAGGUAAUUUAAUUGGACCAUGCCUUCUUA